UGAAUCCUGGCUGGAUGGCUUUUGUUUUUUAGCUGUAUCUGGACCUUCCUCUGAACGAAGGCAACAGGAAAAGCAGGGAUCGCAAGUAAUGGACUUUGACCAUGCAUGAAGUCCUGUAGAGUCACGAUGACCUCACUAAAGGAGAAGCUCUGGAUAACUCUGGAGGAUUUGAGGGAAGAGGAAUUCAAGCAGCUGAAAUGGCUCCUCCAGCAGGAAGACAUCAUGCACACAGUCGUCCCACAUGUCAAGGUCCGCCCAGCCAUCCCUGUGACCCGGCUAGAGAGGGCAGACAGGCAGGACACCGUUGUUCAGAUGGUGCAGAGCUACGGCGCUUACGGAGCUCUGGAGGUGACCAGGAAAGUUUUGAUGAAGAUCAACAGAAAUGAUCUGGUGCAGAGAUUACCAAACAUCCCCUCCACACCAAACACGGAAGAUGUUGGUGUUGUGGCGACUAGUUCAGAAAACAGAGAGACUUCCUCGAUUAUACCACGGACAACAACUCCUCACCUUCUAACUGCAGACAGUCAGACUGAAGAUCUUAUGGUGCCAGUAGAGAAGCCUCCAAGGCCAAUCACAUCAUACCAACAAAUGCUCAAAUCCAACCUUGAGAACCGGUUCAUGUGCAUACAAGAAGGACUGUCAGGUACGGAGGAUAAAAAACGUCUGGAAGAUAUCUAUACAGAGCUCUACAUCACAGACGGCGGCGACAUGCAACUCAACAGGCAACAUGAGGUCAGAAAGAUUGAGAUGGCAUCAAGAAAACCAGCAGAAACAGAGGUAUUAAUCAAACGCAGUGAUAUCUUCAAACAUCCUUCCGGAAAAUACAUACCUAUAAAGACUGUGCUGACCAAUGGAAUUGCAGGAAUAGGGAAGACAUUUCUUGUGCAUAAGUUCAUCCUUGACUGGGCUGAAGGAAAAGCCAAUCAAGACGUGCAUCUCAUAUUCCCCUUCAACUUCCGCCAGCUCAAUUUACUGAAGGGAAAAAGGUUUCAUCUCGCCAAACUCAUUCACGAAUGUAUCGAGGAAACCAAAGACAUCCCAGAGGAGGCUUUGAAUUACAUUUUCACAGCCCUACAGAAGUCAGGAAACACCAACUAUGACAAGAGUAGAUUUAAACUUCUGUUUGUGUUGGAUGGGUUAGAUGAGAACCGUCUUCAGCUAGGCUUCAGCGCCAAAGAAAAAGACAACAUUGAUGUGACAAAGUCAGCCGGGGUAGAGGGACUGCUGAUGAACCUCAUUAAAGGGACUCUGCUUCCCUCUGCUCGCCUCUGGAUAACCACACGACCUGCAGCAGCCAAUCAAAUCUCUCUGGUGGAUGUUGACAUGGUGACAGAGGUCAGAGGGUUCACUGACCUGCAGAAGGAGGACUACUUCACUAAGAGAUUCUGUGAUAAUAAGCAUGCUGACAGGCUCAUCAAGCACAUCAAGUCAUCACGAAGCCUCCACAUCAUGUGUCACAUCCCAGUCUUCUGCUGGAUCACUGCAGCAGUUCUGGAAGAUGUGUUGAGAACCAGUGACAGAGGAGAGCUGCCCAAGACCCUGACUGAGAUGUACACAGAGUUCCUUAUGUUCCAGAUCAGACAGACAACAGAGAAGUACGGCACAGAGAAGAGCCUUCAGUACGUCCAGUCACUUGCAAAACUGGCAUUUUACCAGCUGAAGAAAGGAAAUCUGAUCUUCUACGAGAAAGACCUUAAAGAGAGUGGAAUUCAUCUCCAUGAAGCAUCUAUUUACUCCGGGGUGUUCACACAGAUCUUUAAAAAGGAGCACUGGAGAAGGAAGGACAAGAACAAGGAAAGAAUGUUCAGCUUUGUCCAUCUGAGCAUUCAGGAGUUUCUGGCUGCUUUUUAUGUGGAGCUCUCACGCAUUAACAGCAACAGGAACGUGAUGGCUGGAUCCCAAAUGACUUUCAAAGGCCUGGGCAUGGUUUUCAGCAAAACAUCGGCAACAGAAGUCCACAGGAUUGCUAUUGACGAGGCCUUACAGAGUCCAGAUGGGCACCUGGACUUGUUUCUCCGUUUCCUGUUGGGUCUUUCAUCGCAGUCCAAUCAAGAUCUCCUGGCAGACCUACUGAAACAGAAAAGAGUCAGCUCAAACAGCAAUCAGGAAACAAUCCAGUAUAUCAAGGAGAAGUUUAAGGAGAAUCUCUCUACAGAGAGAAGCAUCAACCUGUUUCACUGUCUGAGCGAGCUGAAUGAUCAUUCUCUAGUGGAAGAGAUCCAACAGUACCUGAGCUCAGGUAGACUGUUCUCACAAGUACUGUCUCCUGGUCAGUGGUCGGCUCUGGUGUUCAUCUUAAUGUCAUCAGAAAAACAUCACGAUGUGUUCGACUUAAAGAAAUACUGUAUCUCAGAGAGGGGCUUCCUGACACUGCUGCCAGUGUUUCAAACCUCCGUCACGUACCUGCUGAAUGGCUGUGGACUUUGGUGCAAUUCAUGCUUUAAUGCUCUGGCCUCAGUGCUAAAGUCCAAUCCAUCUCAUCUGAGAGAGCUGGAUCUGAGCAGCAACUGCCCUGAAGAUGGCGGAGUGACUCUGCUCUCUGAUGGACUGAAGAACCCCAAUUGUAGGCUGGAAUUGCUCAGGUUGAGUGAGUGUCAGCUGUCAGAGAAAAGCUGUGACACUUUGGCCUCAGUUCUCAGCUCCAAGACCUCUUGUCUGCGAGAGCUGGACCUGAGUAACAACAACCUGCAGGACUCUGGAGUGAAGCUCCUCUCUGCUGGACUUAAGAGUUCUCACUGUACAUUGAAAUGUCUCAGGUUGAAUUUGUGCGACCUGUCAUGGAUGAGCUGUGGAGCGCUGGCCUCAGUUCUUCGCUCUCAGUCGUCUUGUUUGAAACAGCUGGAGCUGAGCAACAACGACCUGCGGGAUUCAGGAGUAGAGGUGCUCUCUGGUGGACUGGAGAGUCCACAAUGUAGACUGGAAAUCCUCAGGCUGUCAGGUUGUCUGGUCACAGAGGUAGGCUGUGUUUCUCUGGCCUCAGCUCUGAGCUCAAACCCCUCCCAUCUGAAAGAGCUGGACCUGAGCUACAAUCAUCCAGGAGACUCAGGAGUCAAGCUGCUUUCUUCUGGACUAGAGGAUCCAAACUGGAGACUGGACACUCUCAGGUUGGAACCUAGUGGUGUGCGCUGGUUGAAAUCUGGUCUGAAGAAGUAUGCCUGUGAACUCACCCUGGACCCGAACACGGCGCACAGACACCUCAUUCUGUCUGAUGACAACAGAAAAGUGACACGGGGGAGGGAGGAGCAGCCAUAUCCAGAUCACCCCGAGAGAUUUGAGGGCCAGUUUCAGCUGCUGUGCCAGGAGAGUCUGACUGGUCGCUGUUACUGGGAAAUAGAGUGGAAUGGAAAGACUCACGUUGCAGUGACUUACAAAGGAAUCGGUAGGAGUGGAGAAGCUGCUGACUGCUGUCUUGGAUGGAAUGAAAAGUCCUGGAGUGUAGAGGUCUAUGAUGAUGGCUACAGUGCCUACCACAGAGCAGGUACUGCAGAAAUAUCCGUGCACCCCAUUGACACCACCAAGAUAGCAGUGUAUCUGGACUGGCCUGCUGGCACUGUGUCCUUCUACAGAGUCUCCAACGAAAACGACCCCUAUGACAGAUUUACUCACCUGCACACCUUCUACUCCAGAUUCACUGAACCUGUCUACCCUGGGUUCUGGGUUGGGUUAGAGUGCUCCGUGACUCUGAGCCGUGAGCCUGUUUACGUUAACAUUCCAUUCCAUUAACGUUAGCUGCAUUUUGCCUUUUUAUUGUCUUGCAGAGAGUUACACGAGAUGACUGAUACAACUUUCAAGGUUUUUGUAGGAUAGGAUGGGGAAGGACACCUGCCUUAAAAAUAAAAUAAAACUAAAAAAAUACUUGGAUGAGUUUAGCAUGUGCAGGAUGUCUGUGUCUUUUUGACAAAGGAUAACCAUAAUUUCUAUUUGGAAAUCCUCGAGUGGAAUAAGUUUCCCAAACUGCUGUACUCUUGUAUAAUCUCUAACUUGUAGAUACUAAAAAAAAGUGCUGCUGGGAGCCCAGAGGAGGCUCUCAAUGGUUGAAAGGUUUUAAAAUGAUUAUGUUCAUAUACACCGAUAAGCCAAACCAUUAAAACCAGUGGUGGGUGAAGUGAGUAACACUGAUUAUAUGGUUACAAUGCAAUGUUGUGCUGGGAGACCUUUGUCACGGCAUUCAUGUGGAUGCCACUUGACACCCUCCUCCCACCCAAACACUGCUGUGGGCUAAGUAACCCCCCCUCACUGCAAUGGCACUCCCUGACUGCAGUGGGCCCCCCCCAGCAGAAAAACUGCUCAAGAAUGGCCUGAGGAGCAUGACAAAAAGCUUAAGGUAUCGACCUGGCCUCCAAAUCUCCCACACCCAAAUCUGGCUGAGCAUCUUGGAAUGUGCUGGUACCCAACCUCACAUCUGACAGGGCUCAAAUGAUCCAAAGCCAGCACCCCGGUGCCAGACACCACAGGACACCUUCAAGAGGUGACUUCAGAGACAAGUCAGAUCCAGGGAGGCCCCACUGUGGAUUAGGGGUACCUCUGAGGUACCAGCACGUCCCAUGGAUGCUCAAUCCUGGAUGAUCCUCUCAUGUCACAACGUCAUGAACGUCCAUGAUUUCCGGGAACAAUUUGAAACGUGGACUUGUCAGACCACAGCACACUUUUCCUCUUUGUGUCAGUCCGUCUCAAAUGAGCUCGGGCUCAGAGGCAUCUGCAGCGUCUCUGGAAGUUGUUGAUAUCUGGCUUUCACUCUGCAUGUUAAGAGUCUGAACUGUCAUUGUAGAUGCAACAAUGUGUUUACUGACAGUGUCCCUGAGUCCAUGUUUUAAUAUCCUUUAUACAAUCAAGUCAGUUUUUAAUACAGUGCCGUCUGAGGGGUCAAAGGUCACAGCUGUUUACUGUUGGUUUUUAGCCUCGUCCCUUAAAUGCAGAGAAUUCUCUGGAUUCUCUGAACCUUUUCAUGAUAUUAUAGACUGUUGAUGUUGAAAUCCCGAAAUUCUUUGCAACUGACCUAUGGCUAAGCCACGCCCCCCUCCACUCACUAGGACAAACUAUCAACAUUCAGUGAGCGGCGCUAUGGCAGGUGUCACAGUACACGGCAUUUCACAGGAGGCAACU